AUGUGGAAGCUAGCGAAUCUAAGCCCAUUACCUAAGGAAUCUCCGUUAACCGAAUGCGAUCAAUUGAGACCAAUAUCGUUGACUAAUGUUAUUAUGCGACUCUUCGAAAGGAUCAUAUUUCAAGAAGAGAUUCGUCAUCCCUCAAAAUUGAUUAUUGAUAAGAACCAGUAUGCUUAUAGAGAAAACUCGAACACUACUGCAGCUCUGUUAAAGUGCCAGCAUUACCGGCUAAAAUGGUUGACGAUAAGGCUAACUUCAUUCGGGUAAUAUCCUUCGAUUUCAGUAAAGCGUUUGAUAGCGUCCCCCACGAUAUUUUAACACAGAAAUUGAAAUCAACAAAUCUUAAUCCAUAUAUUAUCAAUUGGCUCAUUAAUUUUAUAUCGUGUAGGAAACAGAGAGUUACUGUAGAUGGAACUGUUACCAAUUUUGUUAAUAUCAACAGAGGAGUACCUCAAGGUACAGUUCUUGGCCCCUUCUUAUUUUCGUUAAUGGUCAACGACAUUGAAGCCAAACAUCCACAAACGAACAGUUUGGUCAAGUUUGCAGAUGAUUUAACAGUGAGUGUUCCUGUCACAUCGUCUGGUGACUCGGCUUUGGACGAGGUAACUAACAUUGAGAGUUGGGCAAGCAACAAUAGAAUGAAACUCAACUUUAAAAAAACCUGGGAAAUGUUACUAUGUACUCGUUCACCUGCCAUACCUCCCCCCCUUAUUAAUGGAAUACGACGUAAAAAAUGGUUAAAACUACUUGGUGUCACCUUUCAAGAAAACCCACGUUGUUAG